UAAUUAAUCUGAACUAUUGUAGCAGUUGUGACAACAGCUUAUUUUUUGUUCGAGUUUCUUUUUAUCAGGAUGGCAACACUUUAAAGUCAGCUAUUACAAGAUUUUGUUCUACACCACUUCAAUUUUCAGCAAAAGAAUGACCUUAACAGCUGCUGAAAAAAUGAGAAGGAGAAGACAAAAACUUAAAGAUGAAGGAAAUUAUGCGAAAUAUAAGGAGAAAUACAGAGAGGCAGCUAAAAAAAGCCGCGAUAAAAAGAAAAUUGAAAUUGAUCAAAUGACUCCAGUGGAAAGAGAAAAGGUGAGAAGACAACAAAGAAAGAGAUCCAGAGAAAGUGUUGCAAAAUCAAGAUUCAACAAAAAGGAAAGGUCAUUUAAAUCACAACAAUACCCAUAUAAAUCACCUUGUUCAUUGGGAAAAGCAGUUGCCCGUGCCAAACGGGCAUUACCAAAGUCCCCACGUAAAAAGCAGGCAGUAGUGAAACAGCUUAUGAAAAAUAUUGUCCCGAGUCAAGAACGCAAUGUUGUAAUACAGAAUUAUAUUGGAAAAAAUCCUAUGAGCAGUGAAACUCUUCAGAUAGUUAAAAACUUUUAUAUAAGAGAUGAUAUCAGUCNAUUUAGGAAGUGA